UCUCAAUCACUCAGACUUACAACAAACCACUAUUACGUAAUCACAAUGCUAAUUUUUUGGCGAUUAGUGAAACACUGCUUAUUCGAUUAUAUCACCCGACCUUAUGCGCACAAAAGGGGGACUCAAUUCUUCACAUUUCCCAUGCUCCAUUCGGUUCCAUCUGUCUUCCAGAUUGCCUUUUGGCUUAUUGAGAAAAACUUCCGUGUCCUUAUUGCUGCCUGUGAUACUUUUCGUUCGGGUGCGGUGGAACAGUUGCGCACACACGUACACAAAUUGAACUACAUUCAUCCACAAGGCUACGGCCGUGAUGCUGCCUCGAUCGCGCGCUCAGCCAUUAAUUACGCUCGUGAUCGUCAUUUGGAUGUUGUUCUGGUCGAUACAGCCGGUCGUAUGCAAGACAAUGAACCAUUGAUGCGUGCGUUGGCCUCGCUCAUUCAUCUUAAUCAACCUGAUCUCGUUCUGUUUGUCGGGGAGGCUCUGGUUGGAAAUGAAGCAGUGGAUCAGUUGGUCAAAUUCAACCAAUCCCUGGCCGAUCACAGUCACGCCAGUAAACCGCGUACUAUAGAUGGCAUUGUGUUGACUAAAUUCGAUACGAUCGAUGACAAGGUAAGUGAGUCGCAUUCCAAGCGAUUUCUUCGCCUGUAUCUAAGGUGA